UUUCUCAGUUUCACUUAGCGGUUUACGGUGGCAAGACAAGAUCCAAGCGGAAUAAUAAGACGAAUUUUUUUUGUUUUUAUUUAAUUUAAAAUUUAACUUCGUGAAGAAAGAGAAAAAAAAGCUCGCUACUCGCUACCGAAUAUAUUGAAUAUUAUUAACAUCUGUGUGUACACAAUACCUUAAUUUUUGUAUUCAACAACACGGUUAAUCAUUCGUUAAAAAACACUUUUGGUAUAAACAUUUAACAGUGUUCCCGAGAAACCAUUAUGAACAGCAACUGAAAAGCCAUGGCUAAACUACACACCAUGUAUGCAGCAAUUGUUAUGCUCUUAGUCGGCGUAAAAAUUCAAUGUGCCAAUUCCACAAAUGCAACCCUCUUCUCACCACUAAUCAAUAACUCAACAUCGCCCAAUGCAAACCUAAUUCUGCAAAAUGACACCCAAAGUGGGACGGAUGCGAAUCUGGUAAAAGAUGGGUCUCCGACCGUCGUCACAUUAAUACCCAUUUCGAGUACAGUCCAACCAAAUGUUGUGAAUGAAACGACAACAAUAGCCGACAAUACUACUACAACGGAAAAAACGACGACUACAACGAAAAAUCCACAAAUGUUAUUGAUACCGCCAGCGGAAGUCAAUGCUUCGAUUGCACAGAUGCACAAUGCUCCAAGGAAAAAGGGACAGAUAAUUAUUAGCUCUGAACCAGAUUGUCCUUCCCUGCAUGACGCAGACAGUUUAUCACAAACGCAGCUUAUUAAGCGACUGACUCAUGGAUGCAGAUACGAUAGAUUGGAAAGACCCAUAACAUUCGGAGUAAAUGGAACAAGACAACCGAUAAACAUAUGGACCCGAGCAUACGUUUACUUCAUGCAAAAUUUAGAAGCUCACGAUCUGCAAUUCAAACUGCAUACACUGCUUCAGUUUCGUUAUGUCGAUCCUAGACUGGUGUUCAAGGAAGUAGCACCAAAGCGUAAAGAACCCAUUAUGGGCGAACAAUCGUUAAGAGAUGCUCUAUGGGUGCCGCACAUAUUUUUGGCUAACGAACGUUCGUCAAGUAUAUUGGGUACAGCUGAGAAGGAUGUUCUCACAUCUAUAUCACCAGAUGGAACGGUCAUUAUUUCGACCAGAAUUCAAGCAUCGUUGCAUUGUUGGAUGAACUUGCAAAAGUUUCCGUUCGACGAACAAACUUGCCAUACCAUUUUUGAAAGCUGGAUGUACAACACAUCAGAACUGGUUUUACAUUGGGAAACCAAGUCCCCUGUUACAUUUGCCCCAGAACUCCAUUUAACUGAAUACGCUUUGCUCAAUACGUGGACGAACGAGACAACAGUCAAUGCUGAUUUAAGUGAUCUCCGACACGGAGCUUUUGCUGGUAACUACAGCUCCCUAAGCUUCUCGCUGCAUUUGAGUCGUCAAAUGGGAUUUUAUUUAAUGGACUACUUCCUGCCGUCUAUGAUGAUAGUCGCCAUAUCCUGGGUCUCAUUCUGGUUGCAGGCUGAUCAGUCAGCUCCCCGGAUCAUGUUAGGAACGAGCACUAUGUUAACGUUUAUCACUCUAGCCUCAGCCCAGGGAAAAACUUUACCGAAAGUCAGUUACAUCAAAGUGUCGGAAGUUUGGUUCCUUGGGUGUACAGGAUUCAUUUUCGGAAGUUUAGUCGAGUUUGCCUUUGUCAAUACGAUCUGGCGGCGCAAGAAGAACGUCGAAUUGAAGAAGGUGAACAGCAAAUACAUUUUGAAGUCAACGCUGACUCCGAGACCGUCAAGAAAAGAUAUGUCUCCUGGUCUACAGAAAUCUCGAUCUUGUUCCAGUUUGGACGGAUCCCAAAAUGGACAGAACAGCUUCAAUAACUACUUGACCGUUCACAGCUUCCCGUCAAAAACCAACAUUCCCACAAUUACAACCACCAAAAGUUUAGACGAUUUAAUAACGGAAAAUGGUAGUGUGGCAGUGAAUAUGGAACCGUCGUCCAGUUCGGCCACCCUUCAUGUGCACGGACAGGAAGAAUGUUAUACACCGGAACCGAAUGGAAAAUCCGGUUGGACUACAAUGACACCGCAAGAGAUAGCUUACUGGAUUGAUCGCCGUUCUCGUUUCCUAUUCCCCGGUGCAUUUGUCGCGUUCAAUGCCCUAUUUUGGACGUUCGUCUACUGCAUGUAGGGAGAGAGAGAGAGAUAGAGAACCCAAUUUACGCAAUCGAUUUGGAGAAUGUAAAUCAGUUUGAUUAAAAAUUGUGAUUUUUAUGUUUGCAUUCUCUGUAAUUUCAUUGGCAACGAUACACAUUCUACAUUAUUCCUUAUAGUCAAGUGCGAGUUGUCCAAAAAAGCCGUUUCGCUCAUAUUGAAUGUAAAAAGCGAUUUUAUGGUUGAUUAUCGUAGAUGGAUCGGCCAGUAACUCAAAUCGCGAUGUUGCCAAGCUGGGAUCGGCCUGGUUUGGUCUAGGGGGCCGACGUUGCCUAACACUUCUUUUCGCUCUACGAAAUUUUGAUUUUUGAAAAUUUAUUUAAAAAUAUAAAAUAAAAUAUUUUUGACAUGGUUCCAUGGGCGAAAUUGUUUCUAAGGCUCGG